GGGGAGUCAUUCGCAGGAGCUGGCAAUGCUGACGGGGGAGAAAAAAAAUCAGAAGCUCCCUCCCUCAUCCCCAAAGGCGCCUGGAUGUGAGUGGAAGUCCCUCCCUUGCACGGAUACUCUCUCCUUUCCUGAAAGGCAAGUUUGUUUUCAAGCGUUAGCCACCUGUGUGAGGCGCUCCCCGUGAGAAGGGCUGCGUGGAAGACGCGAGAGCUCAGCCACAGGCUGGGGAGCCUUUCUUGGUGAGGCUGGCGGUCCAGACACCUGCAGAACUCAGCGCGCUGAGGAUGCAGAGCCCGCUCUGCCCUCCCUCGUCGCCAGGAUUGUAGUCCCACGUCCUCCAGCCUGGUAUGCUCUGGAGCCGGCUAACGCUUCCCGAGUUUGCGCGGGGUCCCCCCGGUCCUCUCCCGCCCGCCUCCCCGCCCCCAAAGUAGUGCUCCCGCCUCGCUCCGCCCGCGCAGCCCUCGGCGCGCUCAGAGGUUUAUCGGGCUCCCCACACGCUCCGCCGGCUUCCUCCGGCGCCCGGCGUGAGUGACCCGGGCACGCCCGCCGCGGCCUCGGAGCCCCCAUCCGAGUCCCUUCUCCCGCUCCCCUGCCAUCGCGCUCCCGGCUCUUCUCCCUGGCGCUGCGGCGCCCACCGCGGUUCAGGUUGAAUCUCGGUUCGACCCGCCUUUUGGCUCAUCCCCGCGCUCAGCCUCACAGCCCGGAGAAGUGGAAUCUGCCCUGAAACUCUCGGUGGCUGGAGCCGGGAGACUGGGCAUGCUCAGAAGCCAGGGCUGGCUUUGGUCUCAAGUAGGAAGCUUUCGCACUCGGGAGGCAGCAGCGACUUUGGGGAAAGUUGAUCGGAGAGGGGAGGACGCCCCAAGACGCGGAGCAGCGGCAGGAAGGAGCCCCCGGCAGCCCCGAGGAGCAUGGGCACCCUGCGGGAUUUACAGUACGCGCUCCAGGAGAAGAUCGAGGAGCUGAGGCAGCGGGAUGCUCUCAUCGACGAGCUGGAGCUGGAGUUGGAUCAGAAGGACGAACUGAUCCAGAAGCUGCAGAACGAGCUGGACAAGUACCGCUCGGUGAUCCGGCCGGCUACCCAGCAGGCGCAGAAGCAGAGCGCGAGCACCUUGCAAGGCGAGCCGCGCACCAAGCGGCAGGCGAUCUCCGCUGAGCCCACCGCCUUCGACAUCCAGGAUCUCAGCCAUGUGACUCUGCCCUUCUACCCCAAGAGUCCACAGUCCAAGGAUCUUAUAAAGGAAGCCAUCCUUGACAACGACUUUAUGAAGAACUUGGAGCUGUCACAGAUCCAAGAGAUUGUGGACUGUAUGUACCCAGUGGAGUACGGCAAAGACAGUUGCAUCAUCAAAGAAGGAGAUGUGGGGUCGCUGGUGUAUGUCAUGGAAGAUGGUAAGGUUGAAGUUACAAAAGAAGGUGUGAAGCUGUGCACCAUGGGUCCAGGAAAAGUAUUCGGCGAGUUGGCUAUUCUUUACAACUGUACCCGGACGGCGACCGUCAAGACUCUUGUAAAUGUGAAACUCUGGGCCAUUGAUCGACAAUGUUUUCAAACAAUAAUGAUGAGGACAGGACUCAUCAAGCAUACCGAGUAUAUGGAAUUUUUAAGAAGUGUGCCAACAUUCCAGAACCUUCCUGAAGAGAUACUCAGUAAGCUUGCUGACGUCCUUGAAGAGACCCACUAUGAAAACGGGGAAUAUAUCAUCAGGCAAGGUGCAAGAGGGGACACCUUCUUUAUCAUCAGCAAAGGAAAGGUAAAUGUCACUCGUGAAGACUCGCCAAGUGAAGACCCAGUCUUUCUUAGAACCUUAGGAAAAGGAGAUUGGUUUGGAGAGAAAGCCUUGCAGGGGGAAGAUGUCAGAACAGCAAACGUAAUUGCUGCAGAAGCUGUAACCUGCCUUGUGAUCGACAGAGACUCUUUCAAGCAUUUGAUUGGAGGACUGGAUGAUGUUUCUAAUAAAGCAUAUGAAGAUGCAGAAGCUAAAGCAAAAUAUGAAGCUGAAGCUGCUUUCUUCGCCAACCUGAAGCUGUCUGAUUUCAACAUCAUUGACACCCUUGGAGUUGGAGGUUUCGGACGAGUAGAACUGGUCCAAUUGAAAAGUGAAGAAUCCAAAACCUUUGCAAUGAAAAUUCUCAAGAAACGCCACAUCGUGGAUACGAGACAGCAGGAGCACAUCCGCUCGGAGAAGCAGAUCAUGCAGGGGGCUCAUUCCGAUUUCAUAGUGAGAUUAUACAGAACAUUUAAGGACAGCAAAUAUUUGUAUAUGUUGAUGGAAGCUUGCCUAGGUGGAGAGCUCUGGACCAUUCUCAGGGAUCGAGGUUCAUUUGAAGAUUCUACAACCAGAUUUUACACAGCAUGUGUGGUAGAAGCUUUUGCCUAUCUGCAUUCCAAAGGAAUCAUUUACAGGGACCUCAAGCCAGAAAAUCUCAUCCUAGACCACCGAGGUUACGCCAAAUUGGUUGAUUUUGGCUUCGCAAAGAAAAUAGGAUUUGGAAAGAAAACAUGGACUUUUUGUGGGACUCCAGAGUAUGUAGCCCCAGAGAUCAUCCUGAACAAAGGCCAUGACAUUUCAGCCGACUAUUGGUCACUGGGAAUCCUAAUGUAUGAACUCUUGACUGGCAGUCCACCUUUCUCAGGCCCAGAUCCUAUGAAAACCUAUAACAUCAUAUUGAGGGGGAUUGACAUGAUAGAAUUUCCAAAGAAGAUUGCCAAAAAUGCUGCUAAUUUAAUUAAAAAACUAUGCAGGGAUAAUCCAUCAGAAAGAUUAGGGAAUUUGAAAAAUGGAGUGAAAGACAUUCAAAAGCACAAAUGGUUUGAGGGCUUUAAUUGGGAAGGCUUAAGAAAAGGCACCUUGACACCUCCUAUAAUACCAAGUGUCGCAUCACCCACAGACACAAGCAAUUUUGACAGUUUCCCUGAGGACAAUGACGAACCACCACCUGACGACAACUCAGGAUGGGACGUAGACUUCUAAUGUAUUUCUCUUACCUGCUUCUGCCUUGCUGAAGACAGCUUUUUCUGAGACACAGCUGCCAGCAAACCUGAAAGAAAGAGAGAAGAUUAGUGCUCGGGGUCACCAUGAUGCCUUUGAUCGAUGCUGCUCCAGUAACUACAGUGGCAUUAGGACUUAUUGCUUAGAUGACAAUAGUGCUCUUUACAUGUUUUCUGUUUGAACCUAAAAAUAGCAGUUGACAUGGUGGUCCUGAAGCAAAGCCUUUCACCAGUAAAGAAAUGUUUUCUAUUGUUGCAAUGACCUUGCUUUGCUCUGAUUAUAAUUUGAAAGACUGUAAGAAACACUUCAAAGAGAGUCAGUACCUUGCUAGAAUUAUCAAGAAGAUCAAAAAAUAAUAUAUUGGGUACGAUAGAUUAGAUUACUGUGGUACAAAAACUGGACUCUUCCCUUUCUUCAAGUGAGGGUUGUAGACUCUGUUACUGCAAGCUGGUGUAAAUACCGUAUACAAGAGGACCACACAUCUGCUGGUCACAGAGUUCAUGUCAAACCAGUGCUAGAAGUUUCAUGAUUUUCUUUCCCAGCAGUGCUGAUGACGAGACUGAAUGUUACCUUUCCUUUCUGACAGAUUUUAAAAACUGAUAUGAUCAAAGCACAACUGCUAUGGAGUCUGCAGAGAAGUCUCAUAGCAGGUAUAUAUGUGUUUUCACAGAGGACUGAAGAACACAACAUGCAUGAUAUUUGUUUCUUUUUGAUAAAUUGGCAUGACAGAGUGGGACAAAAGCAAUUCACAAACCAUUUCAUAUUUUUUUAAAUAGCGUGCUUAAAGAUGGUCCUGGAAAUAAAUGACUAGCAGCCAACUGGUUUUUAUUUAUCUCACACACCCUCAAACUGAGGCUUAAAAUAUUCCCUUUUAUAAAAAUAAACCCUUAGGGUAGGGUAGGGUGGGGUGGGUUGGAGAGGGAUGAAGAUCCACCCAAAAAAAAAAAAAAAAAACUAUAUAUAGGUGCUAUGUAUAUCUUUCAUCUGUAAAUGUCAGUGUCUAAACAGACAACACAAAUUCUAAUCAUUACAUGUGUAGCCAGAGAAUCAAGCAUUUUCACUAAAUUUAUCAAACCAAACUUCUGUCAGAUUUCACUCAUACGACAUAGUCUAGGGUUGAGGGAGACACAGCACAGUCUAGGGUUGAGGGAGAAAGGUGACAAAAAAUAUAUUUGAACUAGCUUCUUGUCUUAGGCCUGAACCAAGAAAAGAAAAGCAAGCAAGCACAAAAUCAUUAAGAUUCACCCGAUGAGAACCCUUACCUAUGUGAGGUCAGGGAACAAGACAAGAACCUGGGCAGGGGUGAUGACCUUUUUGUCAAUGGGCAAGGAGUCUAUUAGCAUGUGAAAGGAGGAAAGGAGUAGAAACAGGAACCCGAUUUCUUAAAAGUAAAUUGGAGCUAAGUAGAACAGAAAUACUACAAUUCUGAAAUAUCAGACUAGCUAGGAAAGACCAGAUUUGAAAUAUCGAAUUGAUUUGCUUUUUCACAUGGGGAAAAGUUGGCAGGCCAGUUGACAAUUAUUAGCUGUCAAAAGUAGCACAGCCAUUUGGAGCUUUUCCUGGACAAGUAGCAUUGUACCUCCUUAGACAAAUGUAUAAUUUUAUGAGCUGUCAUCCUGAUUUGGAACUGUAUAUGAACAUGGCAUAUUAAACAGAGGUUUGAUCUUUUCCCGUAGAGAGUGUUUAAAAAGUCAAUCAAAUAUAGACAGUUCUGCAAAACAUAUGUCCACCGAGAUUAUAUAGUAUCCAAGAAGGCAUACAUUAUGAUUUUUGUUUGAAUUUUUCAUACCGAGACUACUUUAGAAUAUGAUAUGUUAUCAAAAUAUAAAAAUCUAAGAAACAUUUGGAAAAUAAGAGUAUUAAGGGCAUAUUAUAUAUAAUUAGAAUAAAUUUAAAUGAAAUUUUGAUCCUAAGAUAUUAUUAUUAUUCUUGUAUUAUCGGAUUUUUCCCUCCCUGUUUCUCAAAAUUGAACUAUUCCUCAAAAUACUCAACUUCUUCUACAGAUAUUAGAAGAUAAAAUUAAACAUAUCAAGUUAAAAUCCAGCUAUGAAUGCUACUUCAGAAGUUUAAUAUUGCUUUUAAUUGGGCUUUUAAAAAUAUAAUUUCAAUGUUAUUAGUCAACGUUCAGUGACUUUUUUUUAAAGACAGUGGUGUAGGCGUGCUAAAGGUUUGCUAGAAUAUUAAAUUCACCUAGUCAUUUUAAGUAAGAGAAUCUUCUCCUGCAACUUUUUAAAUAUUCCAAUAGCCCCAGAGAUUAGCACUUACUGUGGAUUUGGAACUAUGGUUCAAGUCUAAGACAACCAAUAUGUACAAGUUCUAUAGAAAAUGAAGAAGCAGCAUUCAGCAUAAUGUAACUGUAGGUCAUUUCUCCCACUUGUUAAUGCAUCUUUGUUCAUUUCACCUGUGGCAUUACAUUAGGAUGUCUAAAGCAAUCACCAAUAAAGGUGAACUACAUCUUUCAAGAAUUACUAAGAGAAAACAUUCAUCUAAUUUUCAACAUUGAA